AUGGAGCUUCUUCCGAAGGGUCAGAAAAACAGUGCAGAGGUCAGUUGGGAAGAUCAACAGAAAAUCAACGAAUUUUCCACACACAUCAGCAAAAAGGAUAUACUUACAGCAGAACUAGAAAAGCUUCAGACAGAAAAAGAGUACAUCGAUGACUUGUCUAUGGAAAUUGAGCUCAUUGAUGAGGAUGAUAAUGUGGAUUAUAAAAUAGGAGAUACGUUUGUGCUGAUUAAACAGAGUGAAGCCAUGGAACGCCUUGAAAAUCAAAAUGGAUACCUUGAGACGAAAAUUACUGAACUAGAAACGCAAAUCGAGGGUCUUGAUUCAAAGUUAGGAGCUUUGAAGAAGCAAUUAUAUGCAAAAUUUGGCACGGCGAUCAACUUAGAGCGUUAA